AUGAAUAAUGCACGAUUUCAUCACUCAGAAUCCAUAUUAACAAAUGGAAAAGUAUUAGUUGUUGGUGGAAGUAAUGAUAAACAUCAGCUAAACAGUGCUGAGUUGUAUGAUUCAUCAACGGAAGCUUGGAUAUUAAUCAAUAAUAUGAAUAUAGCUCGAGAAUAUCAUACAGCAACUAUAUUAGCUAAUGGAAAAGUAUUAAUUGCUGGUGGAUAUAAUGGUAUUAUUCAACCUAGUACUGAACUGUACGAUCCAUUAACAGGAAAUUGGACAUUCACUGGUUUAAUGAAUACACGACGACAGUAUCAUACAGCAUCUAUGUUAAAAAAUGGAAAAGUGUUAGUUACUGGAGGAUAUGAUGCUAUGACUAUUUUAAAUAAUGCUGAAUUAUAUGAUCCAUCAACAGGACUUUGGACAAUUACUAAUAGUAUGAAUAAUCCACGAUAUUUUCACAGAGCAUCAGUAUUAUCAAAUGGAAAAGUACUAAUUACUGGUGGAAAUGAUGGCGAAGGUCAGCUAAAAAGUGUUGAAUUGUAUGAUCCAUCAACAGAAACUUGGGCAUUAAUCAAUAAUAUGAAUACAGCACGAGAAUAUCAUACAGCAACUAUAUUAGCUGAUGGAAGAGUGUUAAUUACUGGUGGACAUAAUGGUACCUUUUAUCUAAAUAGUGCUGAAUUAUAUGAUCCAUCAUCAAAAACUUGGACAAUUACUUACAGUAUGACUAUCCCACGAAUUCGUCAUACAACAUCCUUAUUAACAAAUGGAAAAGUGUUAGUUAUCGGUGGAAAUAAUAAUGACAUUUAUCUGAAUAUGACAGAAGCAUAUCAAUCAUCAUAA